AUGGCCGAGGCCAAGGCCUUUUCGGCGCACCCGAAACUUCAGCUGAGCAGAAUAAGCAGCAGUUGUCGCUGCGCGGAACGAAUCAAGUUCAGCCAACAUCCGAAAUUCCUGUUGGCAUCCAACAACACGUUUGGCAAUGGGAUCUCAGAAAAGCGCCGAUCGGAUGAUCCAGCCGAUCCCUCUCGCGCCCCGAGAACCAGGCAACCAGGCUCGAGCCGGGCUCCUGGGUAG